AUGAGCAGAGUCUUUUGCAGAUUGUUCCAUGAUAGACUGCCCGUACCGCGCGCGGCUUCUCUAACGGGUCUGGCGGUUACGGACCCGUUGGUGCUCUACAAGGCGUAUGUGGCGUCUGGUACCCUCAAUCGUGAUCAGCAACAACUUCGAUGUGCAAUAGAACUACAGAAACUGUAUUUGCGGGUGAAAGAUUACGAACCAGAGGCUUUAACGGGGUUGAGACUGCGGCAUGUGGCAGCGUUGAUCCGCCGUAACCGCCCAAAGAAUACCCGCCCAAAUAAUGAGCGCUCAACCCAAUCGCUUUCUCUCUCGCGUUCUCUUGUGCACCAGCAAGAUCCAGAUGACUUCAAGAAUAUCGAUGCGCCACUGGGGUUGCUGGUGAACGGACAUGUUGGCUCGGGAAAGACUAUGUUGGUAGACUUGUUUGCUACAUGCCUGCCGCACGCAUGCAAGGCACGAUACCACACCCAGCACUUUGUCCUGUCUAUUUUUCGCCAGAUUCACGAGAUAAAUUUGCGACGGAGAUCUCUGGAAGAUGAUUUCGUUCUUUUGGAGGUUGCUGCUCGACUGGUUCGAGACAGCUCCGUUCUGGUGCUAGAUGAAUUUGCUCUCCCAGACAUAGCGGCUGCCAAAGUGGUCCAGACGGUGUUGGCACAUUUUUUUCGCCUGGGAGGUGUUCUUGUGGCUACUUCAAACCGACUUCCGGAGGAGCUUUAUUCAACGAGCUUUAAUAGGGCCCAAACUCUUGAUUUUGGCCGGAUCCUCAAACUCCGAUGUCUGCGUUUCGAUAUGGACUCUUCUACAGACCACCGUCAAUUGCUUAAAGAAGACUCCAAAAUUUCUGGAUUUGAGCCCAGUCUCAUUACACGGGGAGAGCCUGACCACGAGACGAAAUGGAAACGUGAAAUCAGCCGAUUAGGUUUAGACCCUAAAACUAACACCGGCUCGUCUCAUAGACUAGUGGUUUACGGAAGAGACGUCGCACCACGCAACCAUCGCGAUGGGGCCGUUUUAUACGAUUUUGAAGAGAUCUGUAGCGAGACGCAUGGGCCUGCUGAUUAUAUCUCUCUCGCUUCAAAAUUCCAAACUUUUGCUAUUGACGGUGUUCCCAUUCUCACACACACCAGAAGAGACGAUGCCCGCAGAUUUAUCACACUGGUUGAUGCUCUUUAUGAGGCCAGAUGCCAGAUAGUACUGAGAACAGAUACUGAUCUCAAUAAGCUAUUUUUCCCGGACGCUCCACAGAAAGCUACGGUUUUGGAGGAAGAGAUGUAUGCUCGCACCCAGAUCAGUCUUGCUAACCCAUAUCGUGCGAAUACGGCUCCCUAUGCGGAGACUGGCCCUGGAUUUUUGGUUUCAAAAGAUGCAGGUGUGAGGCAGAAUAUUGACUUCUCGAAAAUUUCUCGGUUUACUGGCCAGGAUGAGGUUUUUGCCUAUCGAAGAGCGGUGAGUAGACUGUUGGAGAUGACACACAGCCAGGCAUGGCGCGAUGGUGGAAAAGAAAGGUGGAUCCAGCUGAGUGAAGAGGCAACCCCUUGGGAGACUCCAAGUGAUCCUUUGGAGAAGUUACAGAUUGAAAUGGAGGGUGUAGACUGCGAGGAGCCGCACUCCUUCAGCGCGGUGCACCUUUGGGCUGCAGGUGCUACUGCAAGAUUACGGGAAAUCGCGAAAAGAUGGAACUACUGA